CUAUACGAGGCUAGUCGUGCCUACCCGAGUAGGUAAGUUACCAUCCAUGUCCUCCGUACACCUCGUUUAAAUACUUCGGCCUUCCCUCCCUUACCUGUUCUCCCCUCUCUCUCCCUCUCGUUACCGAUACUCACCACAGUCUUCUCUCUCUUAGACAGCUUUCUGUCGUUCUUUCCUUCAACCGCACUCUCAUUCUUUCCGAGUGUUCAUUCACUUCCCCAACCUGCUGCGCAGUUGGUUAAAUUGAAUCAUUCCUUCAAUUGACUUCGUCGUCGUCAUCGGCUCGCCGAUCACAACCUUCCUUGAAAAACAAGAUAUCAGUCUCUCUCUGAUCAAUCAAUCAUACCUGCAAUGGCUCCUCUGGCUAAGACUCUCGCCCUUGCCGGCGCCCUUUUCGCCGCCGUCGCCUCGACCGCUCCUGUGCAAAAGCGCCAGGAUGCUGUUGUGAGCACCCGCACUACAGUCGAAUGGACUACCGUGACGGUCACCACGACCAUCACCACGGAUCGACCUGUCCAGACUCCAGCUCAGCCCACUGUCUCCGUCCCUGCGUCCUCGGAUCCCGUCGUGACUCCUGAACCUUCCCAGCCCGCCGAGGUUUCUAACGAGUCUGAGGAGAGUGAGGCUCCUGAGCCUCAGCAGUCUGCAACCAUUCAGCCAGUUUGGACUCCCACCCCGGCUGCGCCCACUAUCUCUGUUACUCCCACUCCGGAACCUACUGAGCAGCCGGAGCCUACCGAGCAGCCAGAGCCCACCACCACCAGCACCCCUCCUGUCGUGGUCCCGACAUCGUCUAGCACUACCUCUGCUGCCCCUCAGCCUACCGCCAGCAGCCCCAGCGGUAGCGGAUACACCGGCACCUGCUCCCAGGGCUCCCCGUGCAAGGGUCAGGUCACCUUCUACGACACUGCCACCUCUUCACUCGCCCCUAGCAGCUGCGGAUACACCAAUGAUGGCAGCACCGAGGAUGUCCUGGCCCUUCCCGUCGGCAUGAUGAAGCCCAGCGACUGCGGCCGCAUGGUGACCGUUCACUACAACGGCAAGGUCGCUUCCGGCAAGGUCGUUGACAAGUGCAUGGGUUGCGACAGCACCUCAAUUGAUCUGUCGCGCCACUUCUUCAAUUCCCUGGCUUCCGAAGAUGAGGGCCGUCUCUACGAUGUUGAGUGGUUCAUUCAGUAAAUGCGUUGAGUGCUAGCUGCUUCUUCUGGCUCUUUACUUGAUUUUUGUUGUUUCGCUUCGUCGAUAUCCAUACCCCCUUUUCUCCUCUUAACCU